AUGAAUCUCAACCGUGUGAUUGUUGAUCUUGAAUCUGAGUCAGCUUGGGUUGAAGGUGGUGCAACUUUAGGGGAAUUAUACUCUGCUAUUGCAGCCCACAGUAGUUAUUAUGGGUUUCCUGCUGGGUUGGGGCCCACAGUUGGUGUUAGUGGCCAUUUUUCUGGCGGUGGGAUUGGGGUUUUGGGCCGGAAGUAUGGGCUUUCAGCUGAUAAUGUGUUGGAUGUGGGUUUUAUUGAUGCCGAGGGCCGGGUUAUGGGCCGGGCUGAGAUGGGGGAGGAGGUGUUUUGGGCUUUACGAGGCGGUGGUGGCGGGAAUUUCGGGGUUGUUUAUGGGUGGAAGGUUCAACUAGUCCAUGUCCCUAUAAGGGUCACUUGCUUCAGUGUUACUAAAGAAGGCCCAAUUCAUGAGUUGGCUCAAUUAAUAUACAAGUGGCAAUUUGUUGCACCAUACUUGGAUGAUGGUUUUCAUAUCUCAAUUUAUCUCACUGCCAGCACAAGUAAAGAAGUGUAUGUUACUUUUAAAGGGUUUUAUCUAGGGUUAAGACUUGAGGCGAUGUCAAUCGUAAACCAACAUUAUCCGGAGUUGAAGAUUGAUGAAGAAGAGUAUCUCGAAAUGAGUUGGAUUGAGUCUGUUUUGUAUUUCUCGGGCCUUCCUAAAGGGAGUACAACCCAAAAUUUAAAAUCGCGGUAUUGGUCUGAUAAGUCAUACAUCAAGGCCAAGUCUGAUUAUGUUCGGGAGCCCAUCUCGAUUGAGGGACUAGAGGGUGCACUUGAAAUGGUUGCUAUAGAACCUAUGGGGCUUCUACUCUUGGACCCUUAUGGAGGUAUUAUGGAUCGGAUAAGCAAUGAUUCGAUAGCAUUUCCUCACCGAAAAGGAAACCUAUACAACAUUUUGUACGUUUCAUUUUGGGUAGAGGAAGAUGAUGAUAAUCGGAUUUUGAGUUGGAUUAAGAAAGUUUAUGAUUACAUGACGCCUUUUGUAGCUUCUAACCCUAGGGCAACUUAUGUAAAUUACCUAGACCUUGAUCUUGGAACAAUCGAUUUCACGAAUAAAGAUGAUGAUAUUGUUGAAAAGGCUAGAGCUUGGGGGGAGAAAUAUUUCUUGGGAAACUAUGAUAAAUUGGUGAAAGUCAAGACCAUUAUUGAUCAGCAAAAUGUAUUCAAUCAUAUACAGGGUAUUCCUUCUUCUAGUGUACAAUAUCAUGAUGAGUUGUGA